GUUUGGAUAAUUCAUCUAUCACCUCCCCCUGGGUGGAGCAGAGGCUUACAAGAGAAGCUGGAAUGUAGUUGUUAGGAGUGUUUUGCUGCAGCCUGGUACAUCGCCUACUAUUCUGUACAAGCAGACGGUCUGCGGCUUGCCUUCUAAUACAACUCAGAAAAGUUAGGCAUCUGACUAAAUCACAGCAGAAUCAUGGAAGAGAAUUCAAUUCAAUUAGAGCAUGCCAUAAGCGAAGAGUUUCACAAGGCUGGUGAGCAUGAAAGUCAGGAGCUGGUGGUGCCCAGCCACAGCCCUGCAGAAUCACCAAGCUCCAGCCCCACACCUCAACAACAUGGAGUGGAUUCCAUCAAAGACACCAACCAGGUCAACGCCAUCACGGUUCUCACCCUGCUAGAUAAACUGGUCAACAUGCUGGACUCAGUACAAGAGAACCAGCAAAAAAUGGAAAAGAGGCAAAUCGACAUAGAAAACUCCAUCAAGGGGAUUCAGAAUGACGUCACAAAGUUGUCCAAGAGUCACACUUCUACGAGCAACACUGUCAGCAAACUUCUGGAAAAGUCUCGCAAAGUCAGCGCUAACAUGAGGGAAGUAAAGGAUCGCAUGGACAAGCAGACAACGCAAGUGAAGAAACUCGAAAACAACCAAAGCCAACUACUCAGAAGGAAUAACUUCAAAGUCCUGAUUUUCCAGGAAGAAAAUGAAAUACCUGCAAGCGUAUUUGUAAAAGAACCAACACCAGUUCCCAGCAUUACAGAAGGCACUGAAGAACCCACUGACCCAAACAAGGUACAGGAAGAGACCAUGCAAACAAUUGACCUAUCUUCAGAUGAUGAAAUUAAUCACGAUGAGGAUGGCCAUGAUGACAGCAUAGAUGAAAAGUUCGAGCCCAGUAGAGCUGAGAAAAUGAAGAGAUCUAGUCUAAAGAAAGUAGAUAGCCUGAAAAAAGCUUUUUCUCGUCAAAAUAUAGAAAAAAAAAUGAACAAGAUUAGCACUAAAAUUGUGUCUCCAGAAAGAAGAGAAAAAAUUAAAAAGUCCUUUACACCAUCCCAUAAUAAAACUUCAAAAGGUUCAUCAUUAAAAGCUCCAAUAGCCUUUACUGUGAAGAAAUCUAAUGAUGAUGAAGAGACACAUACAGAGACUGAGGAAAACAAGGAAGCUGUGGAAGAAAACAAAGAGAAUGAGCAGAAUGGCAGUCCAGAACAUGAAAACACUUCUCCAACAGAGGAUGUAAAGAUGCAUGAAGAAGUAAAGGUGACUAAAGAUGCCACAGAUAAAGAAGACAAAACCGAAGUAGGACUAGUGGUGAGGAAAAGUACAGAGUUGGCUAUUGUUGAAGAUGAAGAAGAGAGUGAAAUAGACCUUGAAAGUGAGAAUCCGUUUAGCCCUGAAUAUAAGCCAAACCCUGAGGAACUAGAAGAAUCCUAUGAAGCACCUACUCAGUCAACUGCUCGCCAAAUAGACCAAAGUGCAUAAGUUGAUUUUGAUUUAUAAGCUUCUGAUUGUAAGUCAUUGGUUUAUAUGGAAAUGAAAGCUGUUAAGAGAGUUCAGGUGGUAAUAUGUUUUGAUAAAGAAAAAUCUUGUUUUAGAUGAGAGCAAUAUAUAUUGAUGAGGACGCUGCUUAUACAUUUAUCUCUUAGAAAGUCUUGCAAGUAGCUACCAAUUUUUAAUCUUUUGUUCAUUUUAAUCCUAACAUAUUUACCUUGAGUCUAUAUCACGUUAAACAGUGACGGCAAUAUUAUCCUUUUACAAUAAUGUUUUAUAGUUUGAAA